AUGUCCCACUAUUCAACCCCUUACUACCCCACCACAACCUCCAUCCCCAUCCCGCCCACCAAGUCAGCCUACCAAUCUCCCUACUCUCCAUACUACCCACCCGCCGAGGAGACAGGGACGUACUCCGUCUCGCCCCCUGAGCUCACAGAUGAUGGGCACAGUUUGGUGAGCACUGGUGGUGGUAGCUACUCUGUCGGUCCGUCGGGGUCGGUCUCCUCGGGGUCAGACUACUACUAUGGUGGUGGGUCUGGAGUUGGGGGGGAUGUUGCGGCGGGAAAUGUGGCGAAUGUGGAUUUGAACGAGUACAUGGCUGAGAGGUUCAGCGGGGGGGUGAUGGAUUCGGUCGGGGGGGUGAUGGAUGGAUGUACUGUGAGGCAGGCAAAGGCUUCUGGUCAUUUGAACGCCAAACACAGGGAACUGCUCGAGUUGCAGGCCAAAGCGCAGGCGAGGCUGGCAAAGACGAGGGCGAGGUUCGCGCAGGGGAUGGAGGAUGCGAGGGAGGUGAGGGAGGAUUUGGAGUGGACUCAGAGGAAGGUUGCGUCGCUCAAGACAAAAGCGUCAAAGAAGCACACAAAAGAGUACACCAAAGCUCGCGCUCGGUACCCAAGCCCAGAUUACUGAACCCUCCCCUUGAUUUUUUUUUUUUUUUCCAUUUUCUCAACCUUGUCCAAAAAAUUUGUCUUGUUCGUUGUUUUUCAUUUUGGUGGGUACAGCAAUUUCGAUGGGAUAUCCAAAUUUUAUUUUUUUCACAGGUGAGGGCAGAAGGCUGGAGGAAAAUCACAGCCUUGGGGAAGGAGUGAGGUUGAUAAUGGCAAGGCUCGCGGCAACACACACUCCACUGAUCUCUGUUUUGUAAAAGCAGCGAGUGGAGGUUAUAGGGCUGGGAUUGACAGGGGGGGCGUGUGGUGUGUGGAUGAUUCUGCAUUUUUGUUGCAUAUGUGCGGAUGGGGAUGGCGGGCGUUUUUUUUUUUUUUUUUCUUUCGGGGUUGAGUUUGGUUUCACGCCCCCUCCAUCACGCCGCCGCUACGGGCCGCGCCCACCCACCAUUCUUUUUCCCCUGGAAUUUCCCGACUGGGAGGUAGUGGGGGUGGUGAUUGGCGGGGGGAGAAAUAUGGGCUGUGGAUGUUGACAGGGGAGAUCUCACUGGGAUUGGGGAUGGCAAGAGAGUUCGGAGUGGGAAGAAUUGAUGGGUUUGCUGCUCACACCCCCCUCCUCUAGAGUACUGCAUGUCAGAGCGGCAUGGCGGGAGCAGGCGGAUGUGCUGUGCUGUGCUGUGCCCAGAGGGAGGUGUGGAUGAGAUCAGGCGUGAGGACCAGGGGGUACUGUUCGUUGGACCCGGCAGAUGGGUGCUCCGUGCCUUGCUUCUGGGAGUGGCCGGGCAGGUUUUUCCACGUGGACUGGGGGCUCAGCUGAGGAGACUGGUGGGGAGAGAUAGUCAUGGGCCUUCUCCGUUUUACCGUUUUAGGGCAGCGUUUAUAAGACGGGGUGAUGAUGGAGGUGACGGCAGCUGAACUUGUCUGUGGGUCGAAAACAAGGUCUGUGAGUAACGAGAGUUUUUUCCAUGUAGUUUCUUUUCUAGCUGGUUAGGCCGUAAUGAUACCUUUCGUUUUUGGUUACCCGUGAAAU